UCCUAGUUAGAAACUGACUGGAAAGGCAAGAUAGAGUGUUGGGAAACGUGCUUUGAAACGCUUUUGCGGGCUUAAAGACAGAGAUUCACCGGAGAGCCGCCGAGAUAUAUUAAAAACAAGCCUUAAGUACUCAUCGAUAAUUUAAGUAACAUUACUUUUUUGUUUAUAGCGAAAGAGCAGAGAUUGAAUCGAUGGCUGCUAUUCGCAAGAAGCUCGUGGUGGUCGGUGACGGCGCCUGCGGGAAGACAUGCCUGCUUAUUGUCUUCAGUAAAGAUGAGUUCCCCGAGGUGUAUGUGCCCACGGUUUUUGAGAACUACGUGGCCGACAUUGAAGUGGACAGCAAGCAAGUGGAACUUGCUCUCUGGGACACGGCCGGUCAGGAAGACUACGACCGUCUCCGCCCUCUCUCCUACCCGGACACUGACGUUAUCCUAAUGUGCUUCUCCGUGGACAGCCCAGACUCUCUCGAAAACAUCCCCGAGAAGUGGGUGCCGGAGGUGAAGCACUUUUGCCCGAACGUGCCAAUCAUUCUAGUCGCCAACAAGAAGGAUUUGAGGAACGACGAAAACGUCAGGAACGAGCUGGCCAGAAUGAAGCAGGAGCCGGUGAAAACUGAGGAUGGGCGAGCCAUGGCCGUGCGCAUUGGGGCGUAUGAUUACCUGGAAUGCUCUGCCAAAACGAAGGAUGGGGUGCGGGAGGUGUUCGAGACGGCUACCCGCGCCGCUCUGCAGAAAAGAUCGAGACCGUCUGGGGGCUGCGUGAACUGUUGUAAGCUGCUGUGAACUCUCAAUUGAUGACAGAUAACUACUGAAAACUAGUUAAAAAGCGCACGAGACUCUUCGGCAUCAGUCCGCCAGGAUCGAAGAAACAAAGAACUCGUUAGUUACGAGACCUGCGUUCUUUGUGCUUGUUAACAGAGCAGCGGGGUUAACAUUCAGAGGAUGAGGCGCAUGAGCGGAACCUCCUUUGGAUCACUCCCAGUGAUCGAGACUGUCAGUGACCACCGAUAGUUGAUUUUUUACUGGGCGGGUGGGGGAGACUUCGCUGAAGCCAACGGACUGAGGGUUUUAUGGGGUCGAAAUGUGUACAACGGCACUGUCGCAUUUUGAGGAUUUAGAAAAUGCCAUGCUACUGCAUUAAGCUAUUACUGUCUGAAUGGGACAGGACCUAGGUGAGGAAAAUAUCGGUUUUUGAAACCCUUUUAAAAAAGAAUAUAUUUACUAGCAAUAUUGGCUUGCUAGGUUGCUGUGAUGCCGACCACAGAUAACCGGGGAACAGCUACCCUUAGAAAUGAUAUUGUGAAAUUAAACGUGUGGACUGAAAUCUUAUAGAAGCCGUACAAUACAGACACUAAGUGGGCAUUUGAGGAGGGUGGACGUGGGGUGAAAGCGGGUAUGGUGUAGAGACCAUCCUCUGUGAGUGAGGCUUAGUCUCAGUUUUUGGGAGACUAAUUACGCUGUAUUUUAUAGUGGAUGUCAAGAGAGAAAGCCACCCGCUUUGCUGUGUUUAAUGCUUCUGUUUUGCACACGGUCUUGAUGCUAGCCCAAGGCUCUACCCCAAAGCUGUACAUCAGCAUUUAAACACAACAUCCUCUGAACUUUUAUACUUUAACACCGUGGUAUGGGUUAUGUUUUUUUUUUUUUUUUUUUCUCUGUUGGUCCGAUGAACAAGCCACGUUCGGACGCCUUUUGAGCACUGGCGCCAUCCAACAUACAAAUCAUUUUGCCACGAUUGCACUGUGCAUAAGAUAUGAGGCUGAGAUGUUGGUCAAGAAAGAUUUAAACGCUCAGUGGCCUCACUUCUCUCUGUAAUGUAAAGUUAUGCUUUCUCUGUUACAGAGGAGGCUUAUAAAGAUCUGCAUUGUACUAUACUAUUUUUAUACGUCUUUGAGCCUGUGGUACAAAGGAUUUUCUUUGUUAAAAAGACUGACAUUAAGUUUCAAGACGUAUGAGAUGUU